CAGCUCUCGGCCCGUUCUUCACUGCCGGCAAUCAUACCCUCACUUUGGUCUUUUCUGGCUAGCUGCAGCUCUAUUCAGUUACUAGCUCCAUCACCAGUAUCGUCAACAUGAAGACCUCUAUGAACCCCAUCGUUGCCUCGCUCGGGCUGGCCAUCGCCCGUGGCGUCGCGAAUGCCGCUCCGUCGGUCUACGCCUCCAACCACAGUGCCGGCCCCGAGUUGAAGCACUGGCCGGCCGAGGCGGCCAAGGCUCUCAACACCAUGAUCGCGGCCAACGCCAACCAGAGCCAAUACGCCGUCUUCGACAUGGACAACACCAGCUACCGCUUCGAUCUCGAGGAGUCGCUGCUGCCGUAUCUCGAGAGCAUCGGUGUCCUUACCCGUGACACCAUGGACCCUACUCUGAAGCUCAUUCCGUUCAAGGACACGGCAAACCACACCGAGACGUUGUACAGCUACUACCUCCGCCUGUGCGAUAUUGACGAGAUUAUUUGCUACCCGUGGGCUGCUCAGAUCUGGAGCGGUAUUCCUUUGCGGGAGCUCAAGGAGCACGUGGACGAUCUCAUGGCUCUGAACCGUACCAUUCCUACCACUUACUACGACGGCGACGUUAUCACCCCCACCGAGGUCAGCCCUCCCAAGAUCUUCACCGGCCAGGUUGAGCUCUACAACAAGUUGAUGGCCAACGGCAUCGACGUCUACGUUAUCACCGCCGCUGCUGAAGAACUGGUCCGUAUGGUCGCUGCCGACCCCAAGUACGGCUACAACGUCAAGCCUGAGAAAGUCAUCGGCGUCACCAUGCUCAUGAAGAACCUGACCUCCGGCGAUCUCACCACCAGCCGUAAGCAGAUCGAGGACGGCGUCUACAACGAGGAGGCCAACCUGGACCUCGUCAUCACUCCCUACCUCUACACUCCUGCUACCUGGAUGCAGGGCAAGUGGGCGGCGAUCCUCACUUACAUCAACGAGUGGCAGGGACCUAUCUUGGCUGGUGGCGACACCCCCUCCAGCGACGGCCCCAUGAUCUUCCACGGCGUCAAUGUUGCUAGGGGCGGCAUUCACCUCUGGAUCAACCGCAAGGACAGCGCCAUGGCGACCAUGAACGAGAUGAUUGUGAACAACACUGCUGCUCAGAAGGCGAACAACCUCCCUGUCACUGCAGACAAGAACUGGGUUAUUGUUACUCCUACGGAGAUUCAGUAA